UUCAGGAAAUAGGUUUGGAAAUUCCAGUUGUACGGAAACCGAAAAACGAAAUUGGUUCAUUGUCUUCACCCGCAAUAACAGAUACUCCACCCAUAUUCGUCAUUAGAGCUGCACAACCUUUAGACAAAUCAGCAGCAUUUAUCAAGCCUUUUUCAGUAACGGUAUGGUUGGGUAUUGCUGUGAGUUUACCUGUGAUCACCAUAUUUUUAUUUAGUCUCUCGAGACUGGAAGGAAAAUUAAAAAAUAAGAAAGUUCCGAGAACUUCAAGGAUAAUAUGGUUAACAAUAGACAGCCUUUUAAGACAAGAUACCGGGAUUGAUUCACUUUCUUUUGACACCAUUGAAAUAAUUAUGGGAACUUGGUUGCUGAUGGCUUUUGUACUUACAUCUGGGUAUCUCGGUAUUCUACCCUCAUUUAUGAUAUUUCCUGGGAAAGAAGUAAUACCUGAAAACUUUGCCGAGCUUGCCGAAGCUGUGAAAAGAAAAGAAUAUUCUAUUUUAACUAUUCACCAAUCGAAAGAAUUUUGGUUAUUUAUGCAACCGAAUCUAAUGAAAGAAGACAAUCGCAAUGAAAUUGUAUCCGUGUUAGGCGAAUCAAUGUCAUCAGAUGUGUUGGAGAACGUCAUGGAAAGUGAGAGUAAAGCUCUUAAAAAAGUUAUAAAAGGAGGUUAUGCAUUAAUAAUAUCAGAACGUCUCAUAAAACCAGAAAUCAUGAAAAUGGGAGAAGAUAAUUUUUUCGUGUCUCAAGACGUUCUGUUUUCAUCGUACAAUUACAUUUCGAUGAUGGGACAAGUGUUUAGAAAUAAUGAUGAUCUGGACAAAAUGAUAAAUGUUAUUCAUCAAUCAGGAAUUAUGACAAAGUUUUAUACUGAUCAAUUAGAAAAAGCAAGACGAGAAAGUGAAUUUUAUUCACCCGCAAUUGAUAAUUCCGAAGAUCAAAUGACAAUCGACCAAGCCAUUUCUAUUAUUUAUAUUAUGUUACUUGGACACUGCUCUGCUUUCAGUGUAUUCAUCUGCGAGGUGGUCGUUCACAUGGUUAAAAAUGGAAUUAUAAAAAAGGUCACAAAAAAAUUUCGUAGAAAAUAA